AAAAUAAUUCAGUGGAUAUGUGAAAUGCGUUUUUGCUUCUCAAAACUGAAAGCAGUGGAACUUCUUCACUAUCUCCAUGAAACUCCUUUGAACUAACAAGACUUUCUCGAGAAAGUUUAAACUUUCCCGCGGACCAAACGCACAACCAGCACCAGCACAAGCACAAGGGAAGAGAUGGACGCCCUCAAAUCCUCCUUCCUUCUCACCACCACCCCACUCCUGCCUUCUCCAAACCCGCCCUCAACAAAACCCAGAAUCCCCAUUCACUCCUCGGUCACCCCGGACCCCUGGUCCCUCAGCGACGGCAACGACCCAAGCAAGCCCAAGCCCCGGUCGAAGAAUUCCAAGAACCCGCUCUCCGACGACAACGCGCGACGCAUAAUCAAGGCCAAGGCCAGCUACCUCAGCCAGCUGCGCAAGAACCAGGGCCCGCGCGUCCAGACGCCCAGGUGGAUCAAGCGCAGCCCGGAGCAGAUGGUUCAGUACCUCCAGGACGACCGGAAUGGGCACUUGUACGGGCGGCACGUGGUGGCGGCGAUACGGCAGGUGAGGGCUCUGGCAGAGAAGGCUGAGGGCGGGUACGAUAUGAGGCAGGUGAUGGCGUCGUUCGUGGGGAAGCUGAGUUAUAGGGAGAUGUGUACGGUGUUGAAGGAGCAGAGGGGGUGGAGGCAGGCCAGGGACUUCUUUGCUUGGAUGAAACUUCAGUUAAGCUAUCGCCCUAGCGUUAUUGUCUACACAAUUAUCCUGCGAAUAUAUGGGCAAGUUGGAAAGAUCAAGUUGGCUGAAGAGACCUUCUUGGAGAUGCUUGAAGCAGGAUGUGAGGCUGACGAAGUUGCUUGUGGUACCAUGCUCUGUACGUAUGCCAGAUGGGGACGUCAUAAGGCUAUGCUGUCAUUUUUUUCUGCUGUACAAGAAAGGGGAAUUGUACUCUCUGUUUCGGUUUUCAAUUUCAUGCUGUCCUCCUUGCAGAAGAAAUCACUUCAUGGAAAGGUCAUAGAGGUUUGGAGGCAAAUGGUGGAUAAAGGGGUUGCACCCAAUAAUUUUACUUAUUCAGUAGUCAUCAACUCACUUGUUAAAGAAGGUCUUCAUGAGGAGGCUUUCAGGACUUUUGCUGAGAUGAAGAAUGGCGGGUUUGUUCCAGAGGAGGUUACGUAUAGCCUACUUAUUAGUUUAAGUAGCAAAAGUGGUAACCGAGAUGAAGCCUUAAGAUUGUACGAGGACAUGAGAUCCCGGCGAAUAGUUCCAAGUAACUACACCUGUGCUUCACUUUUAACGUUGCAUUACAAAAAUGAGGAUUAUUCUAAAGCUCUUUCUCUCUUUUUGGAAAUGGAAAGAAAAAAAAUUGCAGCUGAUGAAGUAAUCUAUGGUUUGCUCAUAAGAAUAUAUGGAAAACUUGGUCUUUAUGAGGAUGCCCAAAAGACAUUCGAAGAGACUGAGCGUUUGGGCCUCCUUAGUGAUGAGAAAACAUAUUUGACGAUGGCACAAGUCCAUCUCAAUUCAGGGAAUGUUGAGAAAUCUCUUAAAAUUAUUGAGCUAAUGAAGUCCAGAAACAUUUGGUUCUCGAGAUUUGCUUAUAUUGUCUUGUUGCAAUGUUAUGUUAUGAAGCAAGAUUUGAAUUCUGCUGAAGUCACAUUUGAGUCUCUAUCCAAGACUGGACUUCCUGAUGCUGGUUCUUGUAAUGAUAUGCUCAAUUUGUAUGUAAGACUGGACUUGGUGGAUAAGGCCAAGCAUUUUAUUGCUCGAAUAAGGAAAGAUAAAGUAGAUUUUGAUGAAGAGCUUUACAAGAUGGUUAUGAAAGUGUAUUGCAAGGAGGGAAUGAUAGGAGAUGCUGAGCAGCUAAUAGAAAAGUUGGGUACUGAUAAAUCGUUCAAGGAUAAUUGGUUCAUUCAAACAUGUUUUAGAACUGUAUGUAACCAUAGGGGAGAUGAGCAACUUGAUGAAAAAGAUUCGUCCUUUGACCAGCGUGACAAAAUGGCUCUUGGGCUGAUGCUGAAUUUGUAUUUGGCAGACCGAAAUUUCAAGAAAACAGAAGAAAUACUGAAAUUGUUGCUUGAGACUGCUGGUGGCUUGUCAGCUGCGAAUAAGCUCAUUAACAACUUUGCUAGAGAAGGUGAUACAAUUAAAGCAGAAACUCUUACUGAUCAAUUGACCAAGCUUGGCUGCAGACUGGAGGCUACCACAAUUGCUUCUUUGAUUAGUUUAUAUGCAAAGCAACACAAUCUGAAAAAAGCCCAGGAAGUCUUUGCAGCAGUUGCAGAUUCUUCUUCAAAUGAGAAAUUAAUAUAUAAGUCAAUGAUUGAUGCAUAUUCCAAAUGUGGCAAACCUGAGGAGGCAUACUCGCUUUACAGACAGGUUGCUGAGGAAGGGCAUGAUCUGGAUGCCGUCGCCAUCAGCAUAGUUGUGAACGCUUUGACAAAUAGUGGCAAACAUCGAGAGGCAGAAAAUAUUAUCCGUGAGAGUCUUGAAGGCAGCUCGGAGCUUGAUACUGUGGCAUACAAUACCUUUAUCAAGGCCAUGCUAGAAUCAGGUAAGUUGCAUUUUGCAUCUAGCAUCUAUGAUCGGAUGCUUUCCUUGGGAAUUUCUCCAUCAAUUCAGACAUAUAACACCAUGAUCAGUGUGUAUGGACGGGGUCGGAAGUUGGAUAGGGCUGUAGAGAUGUUCAAUGCAGCUCGAAGCUUUGGUUUAUCUUUGGAUGAAAAGGCAUACAUGAAUUUGAUUAGCUAUUAUGGGAAGGCUGGUAAGAGGCAUGAAGCUGCCCAGUUAUUCACCAAAAUGCUGGAAGAAGGGAUAAAACCUGGAAUGGUCAGCUACAAUAUUAUGAUCAAUGUAUAUGCUACUGCAGGACUCCAUCAUGAAGCAGAUAAACUUUUUCAAGCCAUGCAGAGAGAUGGUUACUCGCCCGACUCCUUCACCUACCUUUCCCUCAUUCGGGCUUACACUGAGAGUUUGAACUACUCAGAAGCCGAGGAAAUCAUUGAUUCUAUGCAAAAAAGAGGCGUUUCUCCUUCUUGUGCUCACUUUAACCUCUUACUCUCUGCUUUUGCAAAAGCAGGUCUGAUAGGGGAAGCCGAAAAGGUUUAUAAAAAGCUUCUCACAGCUGGUUUAUAUCCUGACCUUGCAUGCAAUCGGACUAUGUUGAGAGGUUACAUGGACUAUGGACAUGUGGAAGAAGGCAUCAAAUUUUUUGAACGAAUUUUUGAGUCUGUGCAAGAAGACCGGUUCAUUAUGAGUGCAGUUGUGCUUUUUUACAAGUCUGCAGGAAGGGAUCUCAAAGCUGAAGGUGUGUUAAAUUCGAUGAACAGUUUAGGGAUCCCAAUCCUUAAAGACCUUGAAGUUGGAUGGAAGCUUAAAACACCCUAACAUAAUAGUAAUAGGCCCUCAUAUUGUUAAGGAGUAGAGCAAAGAGAUUGAGAGAGGUUCAGGUAUUUGGUAGUGGAACAGGGUUACAAACAAAUGCCACAUUUGUAUAUCGGCAGUGCCAUUGAUUAAGUCAAUUUAUUGGCAAUGGUCCCUGCCUCGAUUGAAUAGCAAAGAGUUCCUCUAGCCUAUCAAGACUCAAAUUUGAGGGAGAUGCCAAAUUAUUGUCUAAACGACUAUGGUGAACAAAUGUAACAUGGUUGCAUAUUAGCAGUAUGUGGCAAAUGGUUCAGGACUGUUAUAUUGUUAAUCCUCUUUGAUCAAGUGGCAUAGAGUUUCUGUUGCAUGAAGACUUCAAAUUGGUGGCUUGAUGACACUUUGACCAGGAAAUCUAUGUUCAGUGAGUAGGGCAACUUGGCAGUCUUGCUGGGAGGGCCAUCAUUACUUAAACGUCCAUCUUGUUUGUUGUAUGGAACCCGAAAUUUGGCGGCAUGAAGCUGAAAGGAUAUACAUGGAACUAUUCUCCACUGGCUUCAAGUCCUGAUCUUGCAUGUUAUUGGACCUUGCUCGGAGAUUACAUGCACCACUGACAUUUUGAAGAAGGCAUCCACCUGUUCAAAGACAGCGGCAAGUAUGCGGAAGCAUACGGGUUUAUCAUGAGUACGGCUGAGCAGUUUUUGUAGUAGCAAGGAGCAGCAGUGGGAUGAUGGUCGUCUGAGACUGUUGUGUUGCUAAUCCUUCUCAUGUUAGAGUGGCAAAGAGCUCGUCUCGUGUGUCUGACUAUGAAAUGUUCUUGGUUAAUUAUCAUGGGAACUUGGCAAGUGAGCUUGCAAUUUCUGUGGCUAAUGGCCUUUGUACAAUUUCCUUGCACGGACAACCUUUUCCCUCUUUGCAGAUCUGUAUGACCUAGUGUAUCUGAGUGUAUUAAACUCUUCUCAGAAUCUGAAAUUAAUAUUUUUUUAAAUCCCACGUUUUGAAAUUGCAAAUUUAUUUUCCUUC